AACAUUUAUUUAAACAUCUUUAAUCUAACCAAGUAUGUAUAUUAAUUGCAUGGCUUUGGCCGGAUAUUAAAAGCACAAAAUACAGAGUGUUUCGCUGUCGCGCGCAACGUACAACAAAAUAAUUGAAGCGACUCUUUUGUAAAAUGUGGGCUGGGGAGGUAAAGAAGGACGUCGCGGCUUUGGUGGUUCACACAUAUCCAUUAUGUAAGCACAGCGACAUGCCGGAAGACAUGAAGCAGGAAGCCAUAGAGACCUGCGUCACCGCUGUUGAAAAAUACUCGGAGAAUUACGAGCACGCGGCUCGCAUGAUCAAGGAUAAUCUCGAUAAAAAAUUCGGGCCGCCGUUCCAAGUGGUCGUCGGGGAGGCUUACGCGUGUGCAACCACGUAUCAAGAAAAAUCCUUGUUACAUAUGUUUAUUGGGGGUAACAUAGCAGUUCUCGUGUGGAGGACGGUUAUAGGUUUCUGAUGAAUUUUAUAUAUAAAAGGAAUUCAAGUGUUGCAUAUGAACGUAUAUGAAUUUUCUAAAUAUACAAACAUAUUGCUAUGUCUUCGUACAAAGGAUCGAGUACAUUUUAACGCGUAGAAUCUUAAUUAUAUAAUAUUAUUAUAUAUUUUUUAUUAGAAGAAAGUCCCCUGUUAUAGGAUCCUAAGAUG